AACAGACAAACAUGUUUUUUUAUUGAUUCUCACAGGUGCUGUAGGUUUGUUUUUUUCUUUUCUUUUUUUAAUAGUGUGGAACGAGCUGUUGAUUGGACAGUAAAAAUCUUCCGACGUGUGAGAAAGUAACAAAUGAAACAAAGUAAAUGAUGAAGAGUUUGCACCUGCUCUAACACACACACACACACACACACACACAUCCACAGACACACACACAGCAGCAGCAGCACUCAGAUUCUGGCUGAAGAUUUCUUAAUAGUUAGUUAUUAGAGUUGGUGACCUUGCUCCAUGUCUGUGUCGAAGCCCCGCCGGCAGCUGAAAUGCUCCCGCUGCCGCCACCAUGGUUUCGUCACCCCGCAGAAGGGACAUGUCCGACUGUGUCCCUUCUUACAGUGCGGGUGCUGGAAGUGUCAGCUGAUCACGCAGCGGACUCGUCUCACUGUCCAGCAGAGGAACCUGAGCAGAGUGGGAAGACCCGGUCCUCCCGCCACUGAGGACACCUCCAGCACCGGACCUUCACCUGCACAGAUGCUGCGGCCCCGGGCUGCGGACGCCGCGGAGAGAAGCGCGGACACCGGCGACCAUCCGCUGGAUCUCCGCCGCAAACCUGAGGCCGGAGCAGAGAUUCCAGAGAUGCUGACCUUCACUUCCACACAACUGCCUUCAACUUUCAGAUUAUUUUCUGUUCUUGCUGCAGAUGGACUUCCUCCACCUCCUUGUCCUCCUCGACCCCCUCGUCCUCCUCUUCCUCCACCUCCUUCUCCUCCUCCUCCUCCUCAUCCUCCUCCUCAUCCUCCUCCUCAUCCUCCUCCUCAUCCUCCUCCAUCUCAUCCUGUGAUUGUGUGUGGACUCGUCGGUCAUUUCCCCAGCUACUACCUCUGUCCACACUGUGACCGGCCGUGGCUUCCACCUGCUGGAGUGAACAACACUGCACUGUGUGGUUCCGUCCAGCAGAGGGCAGUGAAGCACCAACCUGACCUGGGACCUGACAAUGACAAUAAGGGGCAUCACCCUCUGUCCUCCUCCACCACCACCAGAGAACACCCAGCCACCUCUGUCCACACACAGUGAGCCCGAAACAGAGAAGAUGGAUUAAAGCAGCUUGAGCCAGUUCAUCCCAGGAAGCUGGAUUAGUCAUGAAAACAGCACCGCAGGUGUUUCCUGCCCUUUAUUUAUUUUCAAAAAGAAUGCUGUUAAUUGUUGUUGUUGAUGUUGUUGAUCGUUGAGUGAAUGUUCUGCACUGUUUCCUGUUUGUGUAAAAAACCGAAAAUGUUAAAAUAUUUUUGCAAUCUAAGUGUUGUAAUUAAAUUCAGUUCAAAUAUUU